UUCCACAAUAAAAUCCUCUUCCAUCAACAAAAUAAAAAACCAUCAACUUUCUUCAAAAACCAACAAAAAGAAACCCCCAAACUCAAUUCUGCUUUGACUUCAAAGAGUUGGUUUUCUUUUUUGGGGUUAGAAAAUUUUGCAAGGUUCAAGCUUUGGGUCAUUCUGUUUUCAAUCAGAUCUGAUUAUGUUGAAGUUCCAAUAUUGAUUUGACACCUGGAAAAUUUUGCAAUAAAAAUCAUCCCUUUGUUCUUUUUUUUGUUUUUCAGUUUUUAGUAAUGGAUUUGGAUGAUUUCAGAUCGGUACUUGAAACAGCUGGUGUUGAUGUUUGGACUUUCAUUGAUACAGCAAUCCUUGUAGCUUCUUUGGAUUAUGGUCAAGAGUUGAAGCAAAGGAGGGAUGGGAUUGUUGAAAGGCUUUAUGCUACUUCCAUGGUUACCAAGUGUAAAAGCUGUGAUUUUGGUGAGGGUUCGAAUGGAUAUCAACUUAAUAAUGAAUCCAAUCCCCAUGAAGGAGGAGAAGAAGGUGUUAAAGGGUCACCUUUUUCACCUCAAUCUGAUAAUGAAAACGAUGAUUUUGACCCUUAUGGCGGCUUAUUUGAUGAUGAGCAAAAAAGGGUUCUUGAGAUUAAAGAGCGUCUUGAACUACCUGAUCAGUCAGAAGAUACUUUAGUUGAUUUGCUUCAAAGUUUGGCAGAUAUGGAUAUAACAUUUCAAGCUCUCAAGGAGACCGAUAUUGGAAGACAUGUGAACAAAUUGAGGAAGCAUUCAUCAAAUGAUGUUAGAAGAUUAGUGAAACAUCUUGUCAGAAAAUGGAAAGAUAUUGUAGAUGAAUGGGUAAGGGUGAAUCAACCUGGAGAACAUGAGCCUGCUGCACUUAUGGAUGGAGAUUCUGCGCAGCAAAAGCCGCCUCAAAACGGUCGUCAGCAGGUUCCUGAUUUCGCAUACUCUCCGAAUCCACACAAUGGCGGUUCUGGUUCCGAAAAGAAUAAUUCGGAACCUGACAGGAAACCAAAGCCGAUCCCUUCUCGAAAAGAUCCUCCGUCAAGAGCUACUCACUUGACUCCUCCACAAAAUGUACAGAGACAAAGAGAACAAAAGGAAACCAAUUUUGACGCCGAACGGCUAGCUUCGGCAAGAAAAAGGCUUCAAGAAAGCUACAAAGAAGCUGAAAAUGCCAAAAAGCAAAGAACGGUACAGGUUAUGGACAUUCAUGAGCUACCAAAACCCAAGAAUGCCUUCUUUGGGAGGAACAAGGGAGGCGGUUCUCAAGGGAGACACUGGUGAUUUCAGUGAAUGAGUUCGGCUUAAAAGCAGCCAAUCUUAGGUUUUUUGUUCCUAAUUUUCAUUACGGUAAUUGUAAACGAUAGGAGUACUUUUCCAUAUCUUUUAGAGGCUAUUUUUCCACGUUCUUUCGCGGAGAUGUACUGAAUUGUUAUCAAUCAUUUGAAAUUCUUGAGAGCAAUGGACAUCCAUUACCAUUCAAUUCGAGGAUGUUCAAUGAUUCUUCGUUCACAACAUUUUUACCUUCCCCCCUCCUCCGAAAUGUUCGAUGUUGUUAAUUUGUAUAUAAAUUUAGUUCAUUGAGUAAGUUUCCUGAAUGAUAGUGAUUAGUACGAAGAACUCGAUGACAACUGCCAUUGCUGUUCAUUUCCGAACAGCAACCAGUGCUUGCAUUUGCUUGUGCUGCCCUGAUUUUCCGAAUGUGUCAUUCUCAAUGGUUUUGCAGCAGCCCCAAUUGUAACAAGAAAGCAAGGGUUGCAGAUUAAAGCCCCUGGACAGGGUGUCUGGACCGCGCACGGGUAAAAGAUAUCAGUUUGCAAGACUCCCAUAUGUAGAAGUGACUAUAAAUGUAUUGAAGAUUUGCUGCAGUUUCUCGAAGCUGCCUCCGACAACACCCGAACUGAAGAUGAUUAUUCUCAUAUUGAAUCAACAUGUUUCAACUAGGAGUCCAGGUAACCAAAUAAAUCCUGUACUUGUUUUGGCCUCGGUUAUUUCUCGAGUCUUUUUCAAAGUUUCAACAGCUCUAUCUAAAUGGCUGCAAAUAGAAGGAAAAAUGAACAUAAUGCAAAUGCAUAGAAAGUCCUUUGAAGAAAGAGAUAUUAAGGCGAAUGUGAUCAUACCAUAUUUCCGCAUGAAGAGGCAGAAACUGUCUUUAGUUAAAGCUAUCCCUAUGUUGGGUGUGAAUGUUGGAUGCAGAUACAUGUCAUAUAUUAUACAUAUUAGCAUUUUUUUUUUGCAUA